AUGUAUUCAAGAAAACUCACAGCCUGCUGGAGGACCUCCAACCAUGCCUCCACUAUGCAGACAGAAUUAAUAGCAAUAAUACAGGCACGGUUAUACUCGCUAGAGAAUGAAGAAGGGCCUGUAAUCAUCCACACUGACUCAAAGUCCUCAAUGCAAGCUUGCAACAACAACAAAAACAAAGAGAACAAGGCACUGCUGGCUGGAAUUAAAACACUGCUGCAUCAGCACAGUGAAAGAAGAAGACCUGUCAUCUUAAACUGGAUACCCAGUCAUAUAGGAAUUCCAGGUAAUGAGAGGGCCGAUGAGCUAGCCAAAAGCACAAAGCACAUUGACAGAGUGCAAAUACACAUACAACCUGAGCUGCAACAAGUCAAGAAUGCAAUGAAACCACUCUGCAAAGAAAACCUGCUAAAAGACAUCAAAAGUGGAUGGAAAAGAACUCACCGUCUGCCAGAUGGUAUAAAUGGUCGACAGAUCUAG